AUGGUGGAAACGAAUGGUAAAACUCUCUUUCCUGCCAACACUUGUACCUUUCGACCCCUAUCUGUUGCCGGCCGGUUAUGGCGCCGGAGUCCCAAAUGCCAUGAAGGUCAAAGAGAACACGGUGACCCGGUGAUACCGACCAUUACAAGUUUCGUUGUCGCCUCGCUAGCAAGCAUGUCGCAGGCUGGUUAUGAACGGAGCUUGGAGAUGUUGUAA